ACACUUUGAGUUCCCUCAGCGCCAUGGCCCGGGAGCCAGGAGCACGGGCCCGCCUCCACCCUAAGUUGAGGAGAGAGAGGCCCGGCCCAGCACGAGCAUCCCCGGCGCCGCAGCCGCACGGCCCGGCCCCAGCCGCGGGGCGCACAGAAGCGGCGGCCGCCCGUCCGCCGGUCGUCGGCCCGGCCUGUCCUUGCCAGCCGUCCGGAGUGGCUUCAGUAGACUGUUCGCCCCCCCGGCCUCCGGGGCGCCGUCGCCGCCGCCAUCUUGGGACGCCGGCCGGGUCACCUGACCUCCCCGCCCACCUCGGCAGCCACCUUCGCCGCGAGGGUGGGGCGGCCGGCGCGAGAGGCCGGCGGCAGGGGCGGGGCCCGGAGCUGCGGGUCCCGCCCAGAAACCCCGCCCCCAAAGGCCCCGCUCCUUGCCUCCAAACCCAUCCCAAGAUGGCGGAGAUCCCCCUGUACUUUGUGGACUUGCAGGAUGACUUAGACGACUAUGGAUUUGAAGACUAUGGUCCAGAUUGUGACAGUGUGAGGCUAACAGCCUUCUUGGACAUCCCAGGCCAGGAUGACCUGCCCCCACUUGCACGCCUGGAAAAGUAUGCUUUCAGUGAUAACAUCUUCAACCGUCAGAUUAUUGCCGGAGGACUGCUUGAUAUCUUCCGGGACUUCAGUAACAAUGAAGAAGACUUCUUAACAAUAAUGGAGAUUGCAGUCAGAUUGUCAGAAGAUGCAGAGCCCACAGUACGGACUGAGCUGUUGGAACAGAUUCCUGCUAUUGGCAUUUUUUUACGAGAAAACAGACCAGAUUUUCCAGUGGUGUUUUCUGAAUACCUCAUACCUGUGGUAGUGAAGGGCCUUACGGACCCAGACAAUCAGGUUAGAAAAUCCAGUCAGGAAGUGCUGCUGAUUCUUCUGGAACAAGAUCUAAUUUUCCAGGGAGAUAUUGAAAACAAAGUAUGUUCGAUUCUGCUGGAACUGUCUGCCCCAGAAAGUGACGAUGAAUACAGAGCAGAAGCCGUGAGUAUGAUCUGCAAAAUGGCUGCAAUGCUGAGUAAGAGCACAGUUGAGCGCCUGCUACUCCCUCGGUUCUGUGAGCUGUGUGGUGACAGGAAGCUCUUUCAAGUUCGGAAGGUGUGUGCUAUGAAUUUUGGUGAUGUUUGUCAUGCUGUUGGACAAGAAGCCACUGAGAAAUUUUUGCUCCUCAGAUUUUUCGAGCUCUGCUCAGAUAACGUAUGGGGUAUGCGGAAAGCCUGUGCGGAAUGCUUCAUGGCUGUGUCCUACAACACCUCCCCUGAGGUCCGCAGAAGCCAGCUUUCACCUCUUUUCAUCAGACUCCUCAGUGACCCCUGUCGCUGGGUGCGCCAGGCUGCCUUCCAGUCCCUUGGGCCCUUCAUUUCCACCUUUGCAAACCCCUCCACGGCUGACCUGUACAUUGGAGAGGACAGCACCCUGAGCAUCCAGCCACCAAGCCAGGAUCUGGAGGCUGACUUUGCCUCUGCCUCACCUAAUCCCAGUGCUUGUGGUGAUGCCUGCCCCACUAGUUCAACAAAGCCUGUGCAGACAGAGCCAGAUCUACGUGUGGAAGGGACACGAGUAGAAACCAGUAUUUUCCUGCAUGGCGAUAGCUCUUCCAACGGCCUAACAGAAAACCCAAAGGAAGGUCCUGCUUUGGCUGGAGCUGAGUUGACUAGGCUUUCCCCAGAGGCCAAUGCCAUCUUGGAACUCCCUUCUACUAACAACUUCCCUAUCAGUAGCCACCCAGAGAACUCAGAUGAUGUAUUCAGUAAUGUCCUUUAUUGGCGAACUCCUCUCCCUGACAUCAGCAAAGACAUGGAGCUGUUUCUGAGUGAGGCUGGCGCUCAGGAAGAGGGCUGUACAAGACCUGAGAGUGUGUACAACAGCUGUGUAGCCAGAAGUGAGAUUCAGAAGGUCCUCAGGAGUUUACAGGAACAUAUGAUCUGUGAUCCAGAUGUUCAAGCUCAGGUUCAGGUAUUAUCUGCUGCCCUGAGAGCUGCACAGCUGGACUCCACGAAUGAACCUGAGAGCAGGCCACCAGAAGGUCUAAAUGAAGUGUCCAUUUCAGAUCCCAGCUCUGCCCCUGACAAUCAGAUCCCUCCGUCAGCCUCAUCAUCUCAGAAUGAGCUCUCUGUGGCAAGGAUAUUACAAAGCACAGAUCCUGGUGAUGUCCAAAAUGGAGCCAGUGACCAUUGGGAGACUCAGCAGAAGCCUGAACCAACCACACUUGAGGAGAAUAAAUCUAAUUUACAGGAUAUAAUUCCUCAGCCAUUGCUGGAUGAGUUCAUGUCAAUGACAGACCCUGCUCGAGCCCAGACCGUGGACACUGACAUAGCCAAACAGUGUGCCUACAGCCUCCCCGGGGUGGCACUGGCCCUGGGGAGGCAGAACUGGCACUGUCUGAAAGGCACCUACGAAACACUGGCUUCUGAUGUUCAGUGGAAGGUCCGUCGGACCCUCGCCUUCUCUAUUCACGAGCUGGCUGCGAUUCUUGGGGAUCAGUUGACAGCAGCCGACCUGGUGCCCAUCUUCAAUGGAUUUUUAAAGGAUCUGGACGAAGUACGCAUAGGAGUACUUAAACAUCUGUAUGAUUUCCUAAAGUUGCUUCAUGAAGACAAGAGGAGAGAAUAUCUUUAUCAGCUUCAAGAAUUUGUAGUGACCGAUAACAGAAAUUGGAGGUUUCGAUAUGAACUAGCAGAACAGCUGAUACUAAUUUUGGAACUCUAUAACCCCAAUGAUGUUUAUGAUUAUUUAAUGCAUAUUGCCUUGAGAUUAUGUGCAGAUAAAGUUUCUGAAGUUCGGUGGAUCUCCUUCAAACUAGUUGUGGCAAUUCUGCAGAAGUUCUAUUCAAACAGCGAAAGUGCACUGGGGUUGAAUUUCAUCAAUGAACUCAUCCUAAGGUUCCGGCACUGCUCAAAGCCGUGGUGAGUGAGGAGUGUGUCCCAGUGGACCAGUUUGUUGAGCACCUGCUUCCCAACCUCUUGAGCCUCAAGUCAGAUCCUGUGCCCAACGUGAGGGUUCUGCUGGCCAAGGCUCUGCGGCAGACCUUGAUGGCAAAGGGUACACAUUCUCAGUAAACUCCAGCAGCGGCGAGAGCUCCUCUAGGGGAUUGGGAAAAGUUGUCUGAUGUGUUAUGGAAAUUAAUAUGCUAACUUCUAUGUGUAAUAGUAUUUGUAAAAUGACUAAGGAAACAAAUGGCAUUCAGUCUUUAGAGGAUUCUGGAAAGGAGGGAAACUUGUAAAUUCUUUCAUUGUUGUUUUUGCAGUACUGGAAAUGCAAGGCCUUCACACUAAGCUACAUUCUCAACUUUUUUUGAGGGGGGGAUUGGCUCUUGCUAUGUUGCCCAGGGUGGACUUGAACUUGCAGUCCUCCUGUGUUAGCCUCCCUAAGUGCUAGGAUUAUAAGAGUGUGCCUCCUUGCAUGGUGAAACUUGUAAGUUUUGAGUUAUGAUUGAAAGAUUAUGAAAGUUAACAAGCUUAAGCCUUAGCUGCCAUUAAAUUAUAAUGAUUUUUUUUAAUAUAAAAUUUCUGGAAAAUGAGUUACAUGAAAUUGGCAUACAAGAUAAUGAAAAAAAAACCUCAACUUGCUAGACAUGCAGACAGUACAAGGAAUGAACUUGUGUGGGCUCUGAGCAUCUUGCCAGACUUUCAUUUCUUCCCACAUGAGAACGAUCACCUCUGAUACUUCCAUGUCCUAACCUAGUAUGUCCUUUAGCUCCUUUUUACACCUUAUUAUACCACCUACAUUUUAAAAGUUAACAUGCUGACAGAUGCUCCUUUUGGUACAAAUUUUGGGAAACUAGGUUAAUGCAAUUAAAAUAUUAUGAAGGGCUGGGCCAGGGCUUUAGCUCAGUGGCAUCAUGCCUGCCUUGCAAGUGCAAGAUCCUGAGUUCGAUCCCCAAUACCAAAAAAAAAUUAUGAAGUGCUUAUAUUCUUAACAGCUGUGUGGUUUUGCUCCCCACAAACUGACUAAUAUGCUUAAAUAAAUGUUUAUGUUAUACAGAGACAUCAAAUCUCAAGGCAUCACAUUACUCACCCACAAGUCACAUACGUGAGGCUCCUUGUUCAGAGCUACUCAUAGGUAGUGGGAACCCGCGUUCCCUCCUAACCAUUUAUCUCUAACAUGGGAGAAUAGCACCUACCUCACAAGAGGCAGUAAGUUAAAUGACAGGGAAACAUUGCCCAUCACCACCAGCACUGCCUUACUGCUCUAACUCCUGUGGCUAUGUGUGGAUACAUUUUAGACUCACUCGCCUCAUGUUCCAGUCUGUCGUUAAAAUGCUUUGUACAGUACCAUAAGAAAUAUUCAGAUCCUCAGAAAUUUUCCUAAUCAUCCAUCUCUUGUUUGAUCAAAUCAUUUUGCUCACUCUUUCAAUAUUCUCUCGGGGUUUUGAUGUUGGAGGACGUCUGGAUCUCUUCUCUGUUGUUAACAGAUUCACAACCCUUACAAAAUUGCUCAAACCACUUGUAAACAGUGUUUCUGGUCACUGCAGCAUCACCAUACACUAAUUUUAAUAUUUGAUGUGUUUCUUUAGCACUUUUUUGCAGUUUGAAACAAAAAUCUCAUGUUAAUGCACUGCAUGAUCCAUCAUUUAUGGAAUUUUAAAACCACUCCUCUCAACUGUGGCUCAGACUGACUGCCCCAGGCAAGUUGAAACUUGUCACACACAGUUACUGAGGUUCAAUGUGCUCUUCUAAUGAAGAUCCCUGCCUUUUUGUUAGAUGGCCAAAUGGCAUCCAACCACAUUCACUGUUUUUAACCACACCAAGUACACUUAAGAAUGUCUCACCUCUUUAGAGGCACUUUCCUGUGGUAACUAUAGUGACAACUGGUGUCAGCUGAAAUACCAGCACGACAGCACCCCAGCUUCAACGGCUUGUACAGGCAGUGUUCAUCCUGCACUUGAAACUCCAGGCUACUGACCUGCACAUAUGCUGUAGACAAACUUCAGGGGGCCCAGGUCCACCCUGGUCCGGAUUCUUGGACCCACUGGUGAGGCCUGCCAGGAACCUACUAAAAAGUAUGCCAGAUCCUCCCUUCAACCUCCUGGGCCAAAAAGUGUAAUGAUAUUAUUUUGUAGUUGGUAAGAAGACAUUUAUAACCCAACCUAGUCGGUCAUUUUAAACCUGAACAAGACUUAAUGUAAGCUGUGUUCUAUGGAUGGAUUAUAGCUAUGUCACAAUAUAGGACACAAUUUAAGCUCUUCCCUGCUUGUACAUUUCUUGCCAUUUUAGCCCUUGCCAACAAUCUGUUCUUCCUCCUGUAUUCCAUACAUUGCCUUCCAUACAUUCCAUACAUUAUCUUUGGUUUUAGGGGAAAACAAGAUAGUAACAAUUUUUAGUUACUGUACAUUUUUUUGGUUUUUUUGGAGACAGAGUGACUUCGAACUCUCAGCGAUCCUCCUGCUUCAGCCUCUCAAGUAGGAUUAUAGGCGUGCAACACCACACCCAACCAAUUACUGUACUUUUAAAAAUAUGCAUAGCCAUUGGGAGUUCAGGAAGACUUUGAUUAAGGCAUUUUAUCAUUUGAAAGGAUUUAUGUAUGACUGUUCUAUCAAAAAUGAUUUACUCUCCUGACGUGCAGUUUAAAAAACAAAACAAAACUAGGGUAUGUUUUAGAACACAGUUCAUGGCACAAGUAAUUCACACUCCUGUUUUCUUUCCUUAGCAUAUUUUAGAAAUGCUGGUAACCCUCAUCUUGAAGUUGUUGAAGAGACUGUCUUGGCUUUGCAGUCUGACCGGGACCAAGAUGUUUCCUUUUUUGCCACUUUAGAACCAAAGCGGCAGAGUGUUAUGGACACUACUGUUCUGGGAAAGCAGAGUUAGCUCCUCAGUGAUUGCAGCAUGGUGGUUUCAUGCCCGGCACAUGUGGCUCGGGACUUGCAGGGGAACUGACCAGAGCCCCAGCGGGACUGACCUCGGAGGCUAGGCUGGUGCUGUUCUGUGCUGCCCACCCCUCAGGCCUCCGUGCCAUCAGGCCGCAGACCACGUUAUUGAUGUCCCUUUGCCCAAUCAAGUAGUUUAUUAGGAGCACUUGAGUCUUUAAUAGACUUGCAUAUUUACUUCCCUUAGGCUUUCUUAUAAAAUAUAGUUUAUGAUAUUAUAUUUUAUUUUUAACUGAAAUACUGUAUAUAUGUAAAUAACUUGACAGGAAGAAAAUAUAUUAAUGUAAUAUUAGCCUCCUACCAGUGAGCUGAACAAAUACAUCAUGUAAAUGUAUGCUCCACUUUGAGUUGCUGCAAAUAUAACCCAGUUUGUUUACUUUUAAACAAUGUGAUAAAUCUAAAGAGUGAUUUACGGCUAUCUUUCUAAUAUUGUACUUUUGUUAUCAACUGUACUUGGACUGGUUACUCAUAUACUCACCCCUCCCAUCUCCAUAAAGAAGUAGAUUGGCCUUAGAAAGAGGCAGAGAGCUGAAAGAUUGUUCAUUUUUUAUGUGGAUAUAUUGUCAUAUGUUUAAGAACUCAGGAGGGAAACUGGUAACUGGGAUGCAUGGAUAUUGACUUUAAAUCUUUUUUAACAAAAAAAUAAACCAUAGUUCUGAUCAGAACUUGCUCAACAAAUCCCAGUGGUGCAGGGGAGAGGGGUAAAUUACAUGCUCCUCAAGUUGACUUUAGAUACAGACUGAGGUUUUGUGUUUUAAAAAUUUACACUUAGAGAAAGAUGCUCUGGAAUUUACACUGGUUAUUCAUUAACUAAUAAUUCAAGGUUCCAUAACAUUUGAUUCAAUUCUGUAUCACAUAUGCUGCUGUUAUUUUUCUUGUUUCUACUUUUAUCUUCUGAAAGGUAGCACAGGGAACAAAGGAGGAGCAGCUGGUUGGAGAUCAAGAACUGGCAGCAGGCGACAUGUGAGCCAUUUCUGGGUUCUCUUUGAUCAUUUUCUUGUAUGUCUUUUCUUUUUUAAAAUAAAAUUUCUGAAACUCUGUAUUGAAUUUCCUGGUACACAAGACCAUUCCUUCUCCAACCCCUGAAUUUCACUGAACUGAUUCUUUAAAAAAGAAAGGAAGGGAUCUAAACUGCCAAAGAAAAUAAGGUGUGUGUGUGAGAAUUUCAGACUGUAAGCCAGGGUAGCAUCAGCACCUCUGGCAAAAGUUCAUUAAAAUUAGAGUUGACAUACUAAAAAGAAAAGACAAUCCAUCUUGUGUUUAAUAACUUGCCUAUGUAAAUAGCUGGGUAGCUUUGUCUUGGUAACAAGCUAUUUUUAGGGGUUUUUUUGUUUUGUUUUGGUCGAGAAAGUGAGAUUGUCAUGUUUUGAUUUAGCAGCAGGUAGAAUUAUUCAACUGGAAUCUUGUUUUAUUCAGAGCUUAAUGUUCCAAUAAAGAAAAAAAACGA